CCCCGCCCCCAGCCUCCGCCCGGGGGGCCGAGCCCCGGCAGGGAGCGGCAGCUUUUGCUGCGCCAACACUGUGGCCGAAGGCUCCGCUCGCCCCUGGCCUGAUCUUGCCUGAAGAUGACCGCACUGAUCGCCGUGGUGUCUGGCCCCCGUGCCCGGCUCUUUGCCUGUUUCCUCAGGCUGGGCACUCAGCAGGCCGGCCCACUUCAGCUGCACACAGGGGCCAGCCUCGCAGCCAAGAACUACUAUGAGGUGCUGGUACUGGGUGGGGGCAGUGGUGGGAUCACCAUGGCCGCUCGCAUGAAGAGGAGAGUGGGCGCAGACAACGUGGCCAUCGUUGAGCCCAGCGAGAGACAUUUCUACCAGCCAAUCUGGACACUGGUGGGUGCUGGUGCCAAACAGCUGUCCUCAUCUGGCCGUCCCACCUCGAGUGUGAUUCCAUCUGGUGUAGAAUGGAUCAAAGCUAGAGUGGUUGAGCUGAACCCAGACAAGAACUGCAUCCACACAGACAACGGCAAGGAGAUCUCCUACAAAUAUCUUAUCAUUGCUCUCGGAAUCCAACUGGACUAUGAGAAGAUUAAAGGCCUACCAGAAGGUUUUGCCCAUCCCAAAAUAGGGUCCAAUUAUUCAGUUAAGACGGUAGAGAAGACGUGGAAAGCUCUGCAGGACUUCAAGGAGGGCAAUGCCAUCUUUACCUUCCCAAACACUCCAGUCAAGUGUGCUGGAGCCCCACAGAAGAUCAUGUAUUUAUCAGAAGCCUAUUUCAGGAAGACAGGGAAGCGAUCCAAGGCCAACAUCAUUUUCAACACUUCUCUUGGAACAAUUUUUGGAGUUAAGAAGUAUGCAGAUGCCCUGAAGGAGAUCAUCCAGGAGAGGAACCUCACCGUUAACUAUAAGCAAAACCUCAUUGAAGUCCGAGCCGAUAAGCAAGAGGCUGUUUUUGAGAACCUGGACAAACCUGGAGAGACCCAAGUGGUUUCAUAUGAAAUGCUUCAUGUGACACCCCCAAUGAGCUCACCAGAUGUUCUCAAGACGAGUCCUGUGGCUGAUGCUGCUGGCUGGGUGGAUGUGGAUAAAGAAACUCUGCAGCACAGGAAAUACCCAAAUGUGUUUGGGAUUGGGGACUGCACCAACCUUCCGACAUCAAAGACCGCUGCUGCAGUAGCUGCCCAGUCAGGAAUACUUGACAGAACAAUUUCUCUGAUUAUGAAGAAUCAGACACCAAGGAAGAAGUAUGAUGGCUACACAUCAUGUCCCCUCGUGACUGGCUACAACCGUGUGAUUCUUGCGGAGUUUGAUUACAAUGGUCAGCCAUUGGAAACCUUCCCCUUUGACCAGAGCAAAGAGCGACUUACCAUGUACCUCAUGAAGGCCAACAUGAUGCCGUUCCUGUAUUGGAAUAUGAUGCUAAGAGGUUACUGGGGAGGACCAGCCUUUCUGCGGAAGUUGUUCCAUCUGGGUAUGAGUUAAGGAUGGCUCAACACUUGCUCUGCUUGGCUGGCUUCUGGGCAAAAUUCACAGUCACUGACUGACCAAGAAGAGCAUGAAGAACUCAAAACCUAACCCCAUAAAGAGUUUACUGCUGGAUAAUGAUGACCAAAUGCCUCGCUUUUCAGUACCUGGACAGCCACUGUGUGGGCCGCUCAGGAUGAGCUUGGUUCUUUGGAAAUAUUCAAAUGAGAGAAUAGGACUUCUAUUUUUAAAUAAA